AUGGCAGCUCAUCGUGCGGGAGCUCGCUUCCUCAUGAGCCCCGCCACUGAUGCCGAUCUAGUGGCAUCACAUGCAGCAGGCCCCAUGGUCUUCAUUCCUGGUGCCAUGACUCCCACUGAGAUCAUCACAGCGUCUCGUCUUGGAGCUCCUCUUGUCAAGCUCUUCCCAGCGCCCUAUGCAGGGGGGCAGGCACUUGUGAAGGCCAUGCACCGAGCAGUGCCAACUAUAGGGAUAGUGCCCGCGCAUGGCAUUCAGAUGGAUCUGAUCGAAGGGUACUUGGAAGCAGGGGCUGUUGCAGUUGUCCUUGCCCUCCGCGCCGCCAAACGCGGAGGGCGGUCCACACCUUGCGCCAAUCCCGCCGCAAUUCACUCCGCCCUCACCAGCACCCACUCCGCCGUAUCCCCCGCAUCUCCCGCUCCGCCCGCCUCCUUUUCCCGCGCCUUCACCACCAAUCCGAAGCUCCAUCUCCAGCCGCUCGAACCGCGAUUCGCGCGGCUCGCGCAGGACGUGCUGGACGGCAACCUGCACGCGCUGAGCCGCGCGAUCACGCUCUGCGAGUCCGUGCGCGAGUCGCACCGCCCGCAGGCCGCGGCGCUGCUGCAGCACGUGCUGGAGGCGGUGCGCGCGCGGAGGGCGCAGGCGGAGACGGCGCAGGGCGCGGGGAAGGCGCAGGGGGGGAUCUUCAAGAUCGGAAUCACGGGGCCGCCCGGCGCGGGGAAAUCGUCGCUGAUCGAACGCCUGGGCAUGCACGCAGUUGAGGACGACAGGCGAGUGGCAGUGCUAGCCAUCGACCCAUCGUCCCACAGCAGCGGGGGGUCCAUCCUGGGCGACAAGACGCGCAUGGAGCGCCUCUCCGCGCACCCCUCCGCGUUCAUCCGCCCCACGCCCUCGCGCGGGGAAGUGGGGGGCCUCGCGCGCAACACCGCUGACGCCGCGCUGCUGUGCGAGGCGAGUGGGUGCGAUGUACUGCUGGUGGAGACGGUGGGGGGCGGGCAGGCUGACGUGGCAGUGGCGCAGAUAACAGACAUGGUGCUGCUGCUGCUGCCGCCCGCUGGGGGGGACGAGCUACAGGGCAUUAAGAAAGGAGUGGUGGAGAUAGCCGAUCUGGUGGUGGUGAACAAGGCGGAUGGCGCCAUGGAAGGGGCAGCGCUGGCAGCGGUGGGCGAGUACAGCAAUGCACUGCACUUUGUGCACCCGCGCUAUGACUUCUGGAUGACCCCGGUAGUGGCGUGCAGCACGCGCACAGGGCUGGGCAUAGAGGACGUGUGGAAGAAGAUAGGAAAGUUCCAGGAAGCCAUGCGCUCGUCUGGUGAGCUGCAGCAACUGAGAGGCGUGCAGAACAAGGCACUGCUGUGGAGCACUGUGGAGGCGGAGAUACUGUACAAAUUUAGGUCGGGAGGCAAGCUUCAAGGGCUGAUGAGGUUCCGCACACCUCCUCUCGCGUUCCGCCCAUCCCCUCUAACCACUUCCUCCAGCAAACCAUUGUUCCUUGCCCCAUCCGCCUCUCUCUUGCUGAACAAUUAUAUCAGCUUCACUUCUCAUUUGAGACUUCCAGUGCUCUCUUCAAAGCUCCCAAUUGCUCUCGGAAAGCGUUCUGAUAGUGCGAUCCUGCGCCGCUCUGCGUUCCAGCAGCAGUACCAGCAGCAGCAGUCGUACCCUCUCUCCUCCCCCGUCUCUCCCAUCGUCGACCCCCCUGUUGACGGCGAGGCGGCGCUCGGCAAUGCGCUGCUCGCGGCGCAGAAUGCGAUAAUGGGGCUCGUGCGCCUCGUCGACGCCGUCAGCCAGAACCAGCGCGCCAUGCAGCAGCAGCAGCAGCAGCAGCAGCAGCAGCAGCGCCAGCAGGUCGACGCGCUUCAGCAGCUGCAGUCUUCCCUCGCCUUCUCCGUCCCCGCGCUCAACAAUCUGUCCCAGGCUCCCCUUUCCGCCCCGGCCCCCGCGCCACACCCGCUCAUCGCGCACGACUCGCCCGCCACGUCCUCGCUGUUCGCGCCCUCCCCAGCUCCAUCUGCUGCAACAUCCUUCGCGGCCUCCCCCGCGUCGUCCGAGGGUUCCCACCCGUCGUCUCUGCCUGUUCUUCAAAAGGUCUUUGCGAGGAAGCGCUCCCGCGGUGGUGACUCCGCCAAGGUUGUCCGUGGAAAGCGCGCCAAGCAGGAGCCGGUUUCUCUUGACGCUGCCGCGUGGUCUUCAGAGGAAGAAGACAAGGAUUCUGACUCUGAAGUUAUCGCGGCGCGCGACCAGGGUCCGCGGUACAAGGGCGUGCGCCAGCGCAAGUGGGGAAAGUGGGUGUCGGAAAUCCGCGAGCCUCGCAAGCGCACGCGCAUUUGGCUCGGCUCGUUCGACUCCCCCGAGGACGCCGCCCGCGCGUACGAUGUUGCCGCGCGCCUUCUCCGCGGAUCCAAGGCUUCGCUGAACUUCCCCGGCAGCUUUCAGCUGGUCCCGCUGCCGCCCGCCACCGCCGAGACGCUGCUGAAGGCGAGCCGCGAGGCCGCGAAGAUGUUCGACACGUCGGAAAUUGCUGAUGCUCUCGAAAAGUCCCUCCAGGGCCAGGCCAUUCACACCGCCGGCCUCUCGCUCCCGCUCCCGUCUCCCGCUUUCCCCCCUGCGCCUGCUUCGCCAGCGUCUCUUCCGGAGCUGGAGCCGUCGGCCGCAAUGGGCGGUGUGAAGUUGGAGGCGACGGAGAGCGAGACGAGCAGCGAGGAGGACGCGGAGUGCCUGGACGCGCUGCUGGCCGACCUGGCGCCGAUUGACAACACGGACAACAUCUUCCGCGACAUGCUUGAUGACUUCGAUGCGUUUGACGCGUCGCAGGUUGCUGCCACUGGUGAUGCGGAAUUCUUCGGCGUGUGGGCCAAUUAG